AUGUCCAUCUCCCCACGCGAACGCACCGGAGGAUCCUAUUACCCGCGCGCGCCCAACCCUACACCUAGCCCGCAGCAUGGCAGCCAACGACGCCGCCACGGCCGCCGCUCCCCUCCGGCAACCGUCUCGCCGCCCGCCGCCGCCGCGGCGCCCGGAGCCGGAGGCAGUGGCGCGAGCUCCGACCCAGCUGACCCAGCUAUUAGAAAAUCUAUCAAUGCUCCCGAAAAGGUAGUUGGAUUUAGAAUCUCUGGGGAAGAGAAUGAUACAUGUACUCAAGAGGUUGGCAAUAUUUCAGAAUGCCACUUUUCUGAACAGGGGAAUUUGGGUUUCCCUAUAGACAGUGUUGGCUCAGUUGGGGCAUAUCCUGAGAGAACCGAGAUGGUGGGAUCUCUUCAGCCUGACCAUUUGGCUUCAGGUUCUACUGGACUUCAGGGUAAUGGGACUCAGAUGGCUGCUAGGAAGAGUCAAGCUGUGAAUGCUAAUCAUCUACUGAACUUCCAGUAUGAUCCUAUUUCUCGGUCGCAGCCUAGAGGCCCUAGAAUGUAUCCUCCCAGAAGACAAAGGAAGAUCAAACCAUACAACAAAGAUCUGUUCCUCCAAGCAAACUAUAAAUUUGUUGUGUUGGAUACAGGGAAUUACCAGAUUGAAUCAAUGGAUCCUGAUAAGAUGCUUCAGUGGGAAGAUAUUAUAUGUGUAAGAUUCUAUAGCCCUUCUGAGGUACAAUGCCCUAUUUGCUUGGAGAGCCCUUUAUGCCCACAGAUCACAUCAUGUGGACAUAUAUACUGCUUUCCAUGCAUUUUACGCUAUCUAACAAUGGGCAAAGAGGAUUACAAAGGUGAAUGCUGGAAGAAGUGUCCUCUGUGUUUCAUGAUGGUGUCAACAAAGGAGUUGUAUACCAUACAUAUUACUCAAGUUAAGAAUUUCCGUGCUGGUGACAUUGCUACAUUUACACUUCUGAGCAGGUCAAGAAAUUCUCUUACUCCAUCUAUUAAAAGCACCUCCAGUGAAUGUUCUUCAGCAGAUGAAGAUCAAUGUAAUGUUUUCUCAAAGUUUAUUCUGACAUCUGAUGUGGAGUUAUCUGUUCGAGAGGCAAAAUCAGAUCUUACUAAUUGGUUGCAUAUGGCUGACUUGGGCCUUGUUGAUGACAUGGAGAAACUUCCAUAUGUUUCUGCUGCUUUGGAACAACUGGAAGAAAGGAUGAAAUAUUGGACUGAGUACAGAAAUUAUGGUUGUAGCCCUCCAUCGAAAGAUAGCUUCUCUCCUGAAUCUAGUUACAAGUCUAGAAACUCCUUUGAUGUGAAUACUUCUCAACAGAACAAUGGGCACAGGAUUUCCCCUGUUUCAGAUAGAGAUAUGGUCAGUGGUAUUUCAGCACUCUCUAUGUCUCCUGAGUCAAAUAAAAGCUCUGAUAAAGGAGCAAUAUCCAAGAUGAAUGAGAAAUGUACCACCACCACUGAUUCAAAUGAACAUGAAUCGUACACAUUUUACCAGGUGUCGGAUGGCCAACACCUAAUUCUUCAUCCACUAAACAUGAGAUGUCUUCUCAACCAUUUUGGAGGUUCUGAUAUGCUCCCUCCUAGAAUAACUGGAAGAAUUUUGGAGCUGGAAACUGUAACACAAUCUGAGGCUAUAAGGAAGCGCUAUCGGUUUUUGAGCCACUUCUCAUUAACAACCACAUUCCAGUUCUGUGAAAUCGACCUGAGUGAUAUAGUACCUCCUAGCUCAUUGGCUCCAUUCUUGGAUGAAAUUAAGAAGCGUGAGAAGCAAAGAAAACGAACUGCAAAGAAGGAAGAAAGUGAGAGAGUGAAAGCUGAAGUUGCUGCCGCUGUGCAGGCAUCAGCUAUGCGGUUUGAGUUUACAAAUUUCUCACAAAGUCACAACGAUGUCAUGUUCUCUCUAGAUGACUUCAAAGCUCUAGGUAACAAUGCUGGGCCGUCCACGAGUCCGCCAGCUGGUGAAAGAAAGCUUUUCUCUGAUGUAACACGCCUGGGUUUUGCAUCAGCCCAAGACUCGCCUCCCCUAAGAAUUGAAACUGGGGAUGCAAGUGGUAAAAAUGAUAGCACAAGAGACCAAGGGUCAUCAGCGGCACCUGCAUUAUCAUUUGCCAGCAUCAUAUCUUCCAGUAGAGCUGCCACAGCGACGGACAACAACUCGGAGAUGCAGAAAGUAAAUGGCACUGGGAAGAAGGGCAAGAAACCAACUAGAGUGCUCUUGUCAACUGGCGGUGGCCGUCGAUACUGAAAAGAUACACUGGAAACGAACAGUUUGGUUGUUUCCAUAGUAGAUCAAAGCAAUGUUUGUAUAGUGCAUAAGCUGUACUACUUCUGUAACACCUAAGUAGCUUUAGAAAAACACACCCAAAGAGCAUUUGUUUCCCCCUCAUGUUUGUGUGUGUUCCUUUUGCCAACUCUUCUAUAAGGGGGUGUUCUCGCGUUGUACCUACAUGCUUAAACCUGGCCCAUGCUAAGGGUAACCACUGCUCUGGAGCCGAGGGCAGAAAGAGAGUGAGCCAUGUAACUCGAUAAAUAAUAAUGAUGGCGCCACACUAUUUGCUGUUGACGCCCCUGAGUACUAUGUUUGUGCUGAA